AUGGAUCUAGCGGCAGGUCCAAAGCCCCGCAUUCUGGGAGGUGGAGUCUCCCGGAGAGGUCUGGCCUGGCAGGAUCGAGCACCGGCGCAGCACACUGGGAACUGGUGGAGGGGCUCCGAGGCUACCGCCAUUUUAGGUCCAGAAGCGGCGGCCGAGACCCAGAGCGCAGGCGGGCUCAGCCCGGCGCUGGCCAGGCCCCGCCCCCGGGGCGCCGGGUGCACGCCCCUUGCUCGGGCCCCGCCUUUCCCACGUGUCUGCUGCCUAGGGGAGGUGCCUGAGCUGGAGCGGGCCGCCACGGGUCCGGCUCCGUCCGCGCAGAGAAUCCUAUUGGCGGCCCUCCGGAGCGGCCCGGCUGUCCGAUGCUUCUGCUUCGGCUGCCGCGGGCGGGGCUGUACGCUUAGUGCCGGGCUCAGGCCCCCUGAAGCGCCAGCGGGGCUGGGAGCGGCCUCCGGCCCCGCGGAGACGGAGCUUGAGGACGAGGCGGCGGCCGCGGGGAGGAGGAUGGGGGCUAACCAGUUAGUGGUGCUCAACGUGUACGACAUGUAUUGGAUGAAUGAAUACACCUCAUCCAUCGGAAUUGGAGUUUUUCAUUCAGGAAUUGAAGUAUAUGGAAGAGAAUUUGCUUAUGGUGGCCAUCCUUACCCUUUUUCUGGAAUAUUUGAAAUUUCCCCAGGAAAUGCUUCUGAACUAGGAGAAACAUUUAAAUUUAAGUAAGUAGGGAGGAUAAUUUCUAUUACACUGUCUUAGAUGCCAGAGCUUAUUUUCAGGCAUACAGAAUUCAUUCUGUAGUUUAAAAUCUGGCAAGUUGAAAUGCUUCUUUAACAUUGGCUUAGUUGCUGACACUGUAUUUUAAAAUAAAGUCUAUCUAAGUUGUUGUGUAAAGAUGCAAAUCAGCCAGAUAAAGUGAUUGAAAUAACCUAGUCGGUUGCUUUUAUUCAAGACCAAUGUAGGUUAUUCUGUCUACUUUUAAAAUGUUUUACCAUUGUACAACUCAAGCUCUUCUUUGGAAGACUCGUAUCAAAUGACUUUCCUCCUCUCCCAUAUCUUCUGUUUGGGAGGAGAAAGGAGGAAAGUUUUAUUAUAGCCUGCCGUUGUUAAAAAUCUCUUUAUUUUCCCAGUGAAAGGGACACUCUUAAUAAAUUUGAAAUAAAUUGUUUAUGAGCCUAGAGACUAUUGUGUAGGUGCAACUAUGGAAAAACAUAAAAUGUGUGGAUAUGAGUAUACUCUGGAGCCCUCUCAGUAGAAAAUAGCAGUCAAAAUCUUGAAUGCUGAAAAUCAAAUUUCCUUAAUAAAAGUUUGAAUUUAAGUUGAUAUUUAGAAUCUUAGAUUCAACAAACUUUAAAGAAACUUCUGGGCCUAUAAUAGUUAAAAACUUGCCAUGUGAAAAAUUAUUGAGUUCAAUAGAGGGCUAUGCACUUUUAGCAUUUUAGUUCAUGGUUCUCUUAACCUACCACUGAUUUGAAAGAUUUAUAUACUAGAGCGCUGUAAUUCCAUACUGAGUCCCCUCCUUAGGUCUCCCCUCUGGCAAGACUACUAGAGAAGGAUUUUCUAAGUAUUUUUAGCAUCGUUGAAUACCUAACAGUAUCUAGGUAAAUUGCACUUUCUAUUAAAUAAUGUCUAUUGCAUUUCCAAGGUAGUUGUCUUUUUGAUAAUGCUUUUAAAAAAAAAAAAAAAAA